UUGGAAAUAUUUUGUUUUAACGCGAUUUCCUACGCUAUGCCUAUAUAUAUAUUUAUAAAAAAAAAGCAUCUGCCAUUCUCGCUCAUUUGGCGAGCGAAAUAAAAGACGCGCGCGACGUGCGACGCGCGACGCAGUUGGACGCAGUCGUUCACCAUUGUAUCCUCGCCGGCUUGAGAGACGUCCCAUGUGGUUAUUACCUUUUUCACGGACGGAUUUUCUUGCCAUUCUCAAGAAGAGUGAAUUCAUUUCUCAAGAGGAUUUUCAUUCAAAAGGAACUGUCUUAAAAUUAACAGUUUCUUAUAGUGGGAUCUGCGUAAUGCUGCGCUAAUUACCACGCAUUGGAUCAGUGCUCGCUUCCCUUUUUUUCAAGGUUCAAUCACUUUCCUGCUGCUUUUAUGUAAAUGUAUAUCUUGAAGUGGCGAAGAAAACUAUUAUCACUACAGGGGACUGAUACUAUAUUUAUUGAUAUUUUUUUCAUAUCGAUGACAUACAUCUUUAUGUUAUUACGAGAAAAUGAGUUCUAAAGAUAGUAAAAAUAUGAAUUCUAAAAGAAACGAGAAAGAGCCCUGCGAAGAGAAUUUCGUACAUAAAAAAUUAAUAGAAAUUGGCAGCUUAAAGAAUACAUGGCUUAAAGAAUACAUAGAUGCAUUUGAUCGUGAGCAUAUAAACAAACCUGUUAGUUUUUUUAACGUUCCUAACGAAGUAAUAGUAAAUAAAUUAAUAAAGUUAGUUGGUCCCUACACGAGAUUUAUAAUCGAAAGAAAGAAAUUAAAAACGUCACAAAAAAAAGAUGUUGAACAUACAAAUACAAUAAGUACAUUAAAACAAUUACCGAUACACCUCAUAAAUGAUGAAUCACGAAAUCAAUUAAACACUUAUGAAAAAACAGUACAUUUAUUUAAUAUUGAAGAAGUUGCUGGUACUUCAAACAAGUUAGAAGCUGUGCAAAACGAUAACUCUAGUAGUACUACAAACGAUAUAAUAUUUAUAGAUAUAAAGGAUGUAGAAGAUUUUAACGACUUUUCGGAAAAACAUUGCAAUGUUUCUUCAUUUCGGGAAGAAUGUGAUGAACGUGUUAAGGAAUUACAAAAUAUUUCAAUUUUAUCUGGUGUGUUAAAGAAAACAUCGACAGGUCGUUUUAUUUUAAAAGAAUAUGCAACACACGGUUAUUUAUCAGAUAAAUUUUCAAAAUAUUUGUCAAAUUUAAUUAUUGAUAAUAUUUUACGUGACAGUACAACUGUCAUUAGACCACACGAUUUCUUGGAAUAUAAAAAACAAAUAAAAGAUAUUUUUCCUUCGGAAGAUCCUGACAUAUAUUACAGACGAUUCUUAAAAAUCAAAAUAAUUCUAAAAGAAUAUAUGUACCUACUGGUGGUACACUUUAUGAGCGCUACAAAAACGUACUUAAAAAACAUCGGAAACUCUUUAAAAUUAUGCAAGGAAAACAAAAAUGAAGUAGACAUUGAACCUACUGAAAAUGGGUCAGAAGAAAGUUUGCAAUGGCUAAAUAAUAAUAAGGAACCCUGGGAUGAAAUUAAAUUUCAUUGGAAAAAAACUUCUAAGAUGCGUUAUGAAAGAUUAGUUGCAAAAGGCAAAGGGACUGUUGACACAGUUUUUCACUGCUGACAUGUUCCUUGGGACAUGUAUUAAUAAGUGUUGAUUUUAACCAAUUAUAUAAUAAAAAGGAAACCGACAUUUAUUUAGAAUGGCCUUUGUUCUUUGAACGAUUUUUUGCUACUGCUUCCCAAAGAAAUAUAAAUAAAGCAAGCGAUUUAACCACUUUUUUAACGGAGGAUUUAUCAGAACAUUCAAAAAAUUUAACGCAAAUUUUAUUAUUACCCUACAUAUUUCCACCUCAUGGCAAUGGUGCUUAUAAAAAAAGGAAAUAAAAAAUAUUUUUAUAAACCAACAAUUUCAGAAUGUUAGAAAAGUUUAAUUAUUCAUGCCAAAUUUGCAGGCGAUAUACAACGUAUUCAUGAAAAAAAAGUUGAAGAUGCAAUAUUGAGAUCGAUGACAUCCAUAUAUAAUAGCUAUUGGUCCAACAUUGAAGGAAAUCGUCAAUUAUUGUGUUAUUGUCGAUAAGGUCCAUUACGAAUUCAAUUCACCUUUAAAAGUGCUGCAAGUUCUACUUCAAAUUUUUCAUGUUUUUCAUGCUGAGUAUCCAAUAGAGUCCAGACACAUUAUGUAUGUAUUACAGAAAGUUUUAUUUAAAAUUGAUACGGUAUAUGAUAAUUGCAGCAGUGACGUUCUACGAAUUAUAACUUUAUUUAAAAAAUCUACUAUAAGCAACAUACGAAACAAUUAAAAUUACUUUUCGUAAAUUAGUAUCCGAUGUUUCAUUGUCAUGUUUAUUAGAAUUUAGGUUUAUUAAAAUUCCAAUUUUUUUCUUAUAAAAUUUACGUAUUACUGUUACAUGUAAUAAGUUCAACAUUAUUUUUUGUUUUAAUUUUAAGUAUUAUUCGUUUUUCGUAAAAAUAAGUGCGUUCUAUACUUAUUUUUUACUUAUGAUUAUUUAAACACAGAACAAACGAAAUUGGUUUAUGUAAAUUAAACAACUUGACUUCUUGAAUUUUGGAAACCAUGUCGUAUUGUUGUCCAAGAUGCCAUUACACUGAUAAAUCUAUCAAAGGUUUAUCAAUGCACAUGAAAUUAAAGCAUUUUGGUACUUUUUGUGAUUCCGUGUUUUGUAAGCAAGAUGGAUGUAUUUUUUAGCGAUAUAUGUACAUUUAAAAAACAUUUAAAUGCUAAACACUCAACUGUUGUAAAAUUGUCGCCUAAAAAAGCAAAUGUUCAUGACACGUUUGAAGUAGAUGUAAAUGAUAGUACUGUCGAAAAAUUACAUAACAAUUUUUCACCAGCAGCGGUAGGUCUACGUACACUUGGAAUAAAUGAAUUUAAAAUUGCUUUAACUAAAUCUGCAUCAGAAAAAUUGUGGCUAAGUUGUAUUGUAAUCCUAAUAUUUCAAAGGCAGCGAUACAAGAUAUAAUACAAAACACAAAAGAAUUAUUUAAUUCGGAUAUUCUAGAUAUUUUAAAACUAUUGGCGAAAGAAGAAAGGGAUAAAAUCAGGAUUAUUUAUUGGAACAUAGCAGGAUUAAAAAACAAGGAUGAAGAUUUCUGGCAGUACGUGAAAAGGUUCGAUUUGAUAAUGCUUAUGGAGACAUGGAUUACGGAAAAAGACUGGAAGAAAAUAGAAGGAAGACUACUAAGUAAUUAUAGAUGGCGAAGUCAAAUAGCUACGAAGGAAAGAGAAAAGGGAAGAGCGAGUGGAGAGAUUUUAGUGGGAUAGAGUGGCAGGAAUGGAAAGAAAUAAAACAAGGACUAGUAGAAAUGAGAGUCAAGUUAGGAAAGGAGUGGAAACUACUAGCAGUAUACAACAGGGACGGAAGAAAAGAGCUACUAGAUGAGAUUGACAAGGAAGUACAGAAGGAGGAAAAAAACAUCAUUAUAGAAGAGGACUUCAAUGGAAGAACAGGAAGAAAGGGAGAACUGGUAUAGGAUGGAAGUCAAAAGGAGGAGAGAAGAUCGAGAGACGAUAAGAUAAACAGAGCAGGAGAGGACAUGCUAGAGCUGAUAAACAUAAGAGGAUGGUAGAUACUGAACGAUAACUGCGAGGGAGACGAAACGGGGGAGUGGAUAUACAUAGGGAAAAGUAAUUCGGUCGUGGAUUAUGUAUGCACAAAUGCACAAACAUGGGAAGAAAUAGAGAAAAUGAGAGCAGGAGAAAGAGGUGAAUCGGACCAUCAACCAUUAGAAGUAAGAAUAAAAGUGAGUAGAGGAGAGGUAAAAGAAGAAAAGAAGGAAAGAUGGAUAACGGUGGAAGAUCUGAUAAAGGAAUAGAAAUCUACAAGAGAAAGCAGAAGGAUUUGGAGUGGGAAGAUGAGAAUGUGAACGAGCAAAUAGAGGAUUUGAUUAACAAGAUAAGCGAAGUGAUAGAAAGAAAGCGGAUUAAGAUAAAAAAGAGAGGAAUAGGAGAAAGUAAGUGGUGGGACAGAGAAUGCAAAGAAGGAAAAGUAAAGGUAAGAUCAAGCAAUUCAAAAAGGGAAGAAUGGACAGAGAAGAGUUAAGAGAAGAGAAAAAUAAAUAUAAAGAGCUAUGCAAAAUAAAGAAGAAGAAACAGGAAGACAGAGAGUGCAAAGAGAUACAGGAGUUAAAAAAUUUGAACAAAGUGUGGAAAAACAUUAACAAGGAGAGAAGAAGGAGAAAGAAAGAGAGCAACAAAAUAAAAACAGAAGAAUGGGAAAGUUAUUUCAGAAAACUACUAGACGGCAAGAAAGAAUGGAAAGAAGAAAAAGAGGUAGGUAAAAUUACAGGAAAAGAGGGGAAAGAUAAGAAGGAAAGGGGAGAAAAGGAGGAGAAAGAGAUCAGUAGAGAGGAGCUGAUGAAAGCAAUAGAAAGACUGAAAAAGAAAAAAGCACCAGGAGAAGACGAAUUGAAGAACGAGGUGUGGCUAAACGCAGAGGAAAAAGUGAAAGAGAGGAAAUCAUGAACAGAAUCUGGAAAGGUGGUGAAUGGCCAGAAAGGUGGAAGAAAGGAGUGAUUAGCCCGAUUCAUAAGAAGAGAGACCGGGAAAAAGUGUCGAAUUACAGAGAAGUGACUUUGAUAGAUUCAGCAUACAAGAUUUUCGCGAUGAUUUUGGAGCAGAGAAUAAGAAUAGAGAGACGCAAGCGGGAGAUUUAAGAGAGGAAGGAGCUGCGUGGAUAAUAUUAUGGCGCUAAAAUGUGCAGUGGAAAAGAGACUGCGAAGAAAGAGAGGAAAGCUGUACGUUUUCUUCGCAGACCUGAGAGCAGCAUUUGACAGAAUAAACAGGGGAAAGUUAUGGAUCGCUUUGGAGAGGAGAGAGGUGAGGAAAAGCUUAAUUAAAAAGGUGAAGGCAAUAUACAAGGAGACGAAGAGUGCAGUAAAAGCGAAAUAGGGAAAGACGAAGGAUUUUUGGACAGGAAAAGAGGUGCGACAGGGAUGUCCAAAUAGGGCCGCUAUUCUUCAUACUGUUCACGGUGGACUUGUAGGAAUACCUGAGAAGAGGACGAACAGGAGGCGCAAGGAUAGGAAGAGAGAGAUGGUUUUCGCUGGCAUAUGCGGAUGAUGUGGCGAUAAUAACAGAAUCAAGAGAGGAAAUGCAUACAACGUUAAGAAGGAUGGAAAAAUAUUUUAAGAAGAAAAACUUGGAACUAAAUGUUGAAAAAUCAAAGAUAUUAGUUUUUAAGAGAGGAGGAAGAAGGGAGAAAAAUGUGUGGAGAUGGGAAGGUAAGGAAAUUGAAGAGGUGAGAACAUAUAAAUACCUAAAAAUACACAUUCCAGUGCAACAACAAGGAUGGACAGCAUAUAAAGGAUGUAACACGUAGAGGGAUGGCAGCGAUGACACAAGUGUAUAGGAGUAUAAGAGAGAGGAAAUUUAGAGGAAAUAUUAGGAGGAGAUUAAUAAUGUUCAAUGUAAUGGUAAAAAGUAUUGUAUUGUAUGGAGUAGAAGCGUGGGGCUGGAGUGAAUGGAAGGAAGUGGAAAGACUGCAAGAAAAGUAUUUAAAGUGGAUAACAGGAGUGGACAAAUGUACACCGGCAUAUAUAGUAAGAGAAGAAAUGAAGAUGGACAAGAUAAGAAUAGAAACCAGAAUAAGAGCAAUGAAGCAAGAGGAAAAAAUGAGGAAGGCGGAACCAGAGUCGUUAAAGAGAGAAUGCAGAAGAGAAAUUGGGAAAGAAGAUUGGGAGAAGACAAGCUGGGGCAAAGAAAAAAAAGUAGCAUUGGAAAGAGGGAGUAUAGAAGGCUGGGAAGGAGAAAUAAGAGAAGAUAGAGGAGAGAAGGUAAUAGAGAAAUGGAAGAAAAUGAUAGAGGAAAAGGAGAAGGAAGAGAGAAGACAAAGAAUAAGAAGAUCAAGAUAUUUUAAGGAAUACGACAAAUGGAGGAUGGACAAGCUACCAAAAUACCUAGAGGAAGGAGGGAAGAAAGAAAGACUGACAGAGAUAGCAAGAUUCAGAUGCGGAAACGAAUUUAGAGCAAACAGAUUCUGGGAAGAAGAAGAAAAAAGAAAAAUGUAGGAUGUGUACAAAGAAAGUGGAGACGGUGGAACAUGUAAUCAAGGAAUGCACUUGAACGGCGGAAAAAGAGGAGAACAUGGAAAAUUACAAAAGAGA